GCGUUUUUUUUUUUGUUUUGAUCGCAGGAGCGAGACCGGAUCGCUGUGGUGAACCUUUUCUCUGUUUGAAUGCGAGCGUGCGCGUGUGUGCGCAUCGGAACCAGGUUGAUCCGCGGCUCCGCCUCGCCUCGAUCCGUCGCCCUCCCAGUGCGGAUGAAGAAGAUUCGGUGAAAUAUUUACAGAUCCUCAUCUUUCCUGUGGUGAGCUUCAGUGGUUUCAGUCCGGGGUCCUGGAUCCGCACAGGGGAGGAGCGGGGAGCAGAUCAGCCUUCGAUCUCUUGGUACCAGGGAGCACGUGACCCCGGAGAUGAACAAGCUUCGUCAGAGCCUGAGGAGGAAGAAGCCCACCUACGUGCCAGAGGCCAGCAGACCCCAUCAGUGGCAGUCUGACGAGGAGGCAGUACGCAAGGGCAAAUGUAACUUCGCUGUUCGGUACCUGGGGCUGGUGGAGGUGGAGGAGUCGCGAGGGAUGCAUGUAUGUGAGGAUGCAGUGAAGAAGCUGAAAGUUAGUGGGAAGAAGACAGUAAAGGCAGUGUUGUGGGUUUCCGCUGAUGGUCUCAGGGUGGUCGAUGAAAAAACAAAGGACCUCAUCGUGGACCAGACCAUAGAGAAGGUUUCUUUCUGCGCUCCUGACCGUAACUAUGACAAGGCCUUCUCCUACAUCUGCAGAGACGGGACCACCAGACGCUGGAUUUGCCACUGCUUCAUGGCUCUCAAAGACUCGGGGGAGAGACUGAGCCAUGCAGUUGGCUGUGCGUUCGCUGCUUGUCUGGAGAGGAAGCAGCGCAGGGAGAAGGAGUGCGGCGUGACGGCGUCCUUCGAUGCUAGCCGCACCUCAUUCGUUCGCGAGGGUUCCUUCCGUGCCAACGCCGGGUGCAACCAGAGCAGCAGCGAUCGGGAGGAAAAACUGCAGGACAAGAAGAAAGCAGACCAGCCCUCUGGCAUCCCAGCUCUCCCACCUGGCUCCGCCUCCCCACCCGAGGGUGCAGCGUCCCCCAUGGACCGCCAAGAACCAGGCGGGCCUCACGCCAUCCCUCGCCGCCACGCGCCUAUCGAGCAGCUGGUGCGACAGGGCUCGUUCCGGGGAUUCCCAGCACUCAGCGGGAAGAACUCCCCCUUCAAGAGGCAGCUGUCGCUCCGCCUCAACGACCUGCCAUCCACUCUGCAACGCAAGACUGACUUCCAGGACAAGAACCCUGAGAUGGAUAUGGGGUUGCCAGAUGAGGGAGACUGUUGCAUCAAUGCCCUGUGUAGCCAGAUCAACAACUCCUUCACCAAUCCAUCGGAGGAGCUUUUUUGCAACCCCUCCAUGUCAGUGAAUGGCCCUCCAACCGGAACUGUGCUCCCUGUACUGCCCCCACCGCCUGCACCGAUGCAGGCCAACUCCUCCUGGGUGCAGCCAGAGCCACCACACCAAUCUCCUCCUCUGUCUGUGGCAAUGCAGAGGCAAAGCGGACACAGACGCACACCAUCCGAGGCAGAACGAUGGCUGGAGGAGGUCUCCAAGGCCAUCAAGGCUCAACAGAGCCCUCCCCCAGGCCCCACUAUCCCCGCCAUCCCUGGACCGCCCACAAUGUUGAUUCAUCAGAUGUCCAGUCAGACAGCCAUGUCAGCUGCCCCAGUGUCCACUGUCUCCAUGGCCCUUGGCACCCAGACCAAACCUCUCAUCUCGGGCCCCUCUGUUCUCUCAAGUCAGGCCUCAAUGCCCCUUCCACCCAUGUCGAUAUCAUUAGUUCCUCUAAUACCAGGCCCUCCAGUGUCAGGGCCUCCUAUGUCCCUUCCUUCCAUGUCAAUCCCCACGAUGUCCGGUCCAAGCAUGUCUGGGGCUCCCAUGAUCCAGCCAUCUCUUCCUGGGCCUUUAGGCUCUCUUCCAAGCUCAAUGCAGCCCUUCCCCUUGGCUUUUGAUGCUACCCCAGCCGCUGUGGGAAUGUUUGCCAGCCAGCCUGUUCAGCCAGCAUUUGUGCCCAUGCAGACCUACAUGCCAGGCCUGGCCAGCAGUAUGACAUACCCAAACGCUAGUGUGCCUGUCGUGGGCAUCACGCCAUCGCAAAUGGUGGCCAAUGUGUUCUGCACUGCCACAAGUUCAUCAGGUGCAGGUGGAGCCAUAGGCUCGGCUGGAGGAGGACCCAAAGUAGGGGCACUCGGAACGCUUGGCCAGCACCAGUCUUACCAAGGAGCACCUGGUGCAGUUGGUUCCACUGGUGGGUUUUCCACACCACCAUUCUCUUCAACGCCGCCAUUAUCAUCCGCUAUCAAUGGCCUCCCACUACAUAGCAGCGCCAUGAUGAACCUCCAGAAUGGGACUUCCAGCUUUGGCGGGAAUGGGGGCAGUAGUAGCAGUUGGCCACCAGAGGGCAGCCAGCUAACUGCUCCAGUGGCCGGCAAUUUUCAAGAGGAUGAUCGCUUUGAGGCCAAGUGGGCCGCACUGGAGUCCAAACCAGUGCCUCAGCAACCAGGAAAUAAGGCGCCAGCUGCAGCAGCAAACCCAUUUUCCAACAGUCUACAGAAGACUUUUGAAAUUGAGCUCUAAGACAAACUCUGUCUCCCAAAGCUGUAAGGGUAGACUGAAGUUAAAGCCUGAGUAAGACAGGCACUAAAGGUCCCUACAGUUAGCCUAGCAUCUGACCUGUGGCCGUCUAGCAACUUGUUAAAAUCUCUGAACGGAGGCUGUACUAUUAUGAUGUUAAUUGCUUUCUUUACACUCCCAUGAGAGCUUGUGUGAAGGUUGGCAGGUUGUUAGGCAGGCAUUGGAGGAUCAGGCACCUGACUGGAUUGACUGAAUCAUUCAACUCCACCUGCUACAUCCUCUAUUCCCUGCUUUCAUGGCUCCACUCUGGCUUUACUUUACCUGGUGCAAGUCCCUGGAUGUACACGGCCCUUUGAGAAUACUGCUGGGGCAGCGUUCAGCAAUUUCUUUCUCUAAAAGGGGACUUCAGUCAGAUGCAUUCCAAUUCUUUGAGAUGUUAUUUGCAGAUUGGUUUCUGGUAGAGAUGCAGUUGAUUGAUUUCUGGACUUAUGAUCAGACUUUUGCUGAUCUUAGCCAUGCACAGCGGAAGCUUGGAUACCUGAAAGGACUAGCCAAUGAUGGAUGACCUGACCUGACUAACCCAAAAGGACAAACUUACCAAUUGUAGAGAUUUAUGGCCAAAAUUAUUUUUAUUUAUUGUACUUUAAUUUUUAUUUUAUUUUAACAAUUUAUAUAUACUUUAAAAUCAAUUUUAAAGCAGUGUUUCAGGAGGAUGUUUUUUUUUUAUAUCCCCCAUAUUUAUUUUUAUUGAACCUUAAAGAGGAGGGAAACUAUUUUGGUAGCAAACAGGUGAAACAUAUGACUGCACAGCAGUAGAAGGAAAAAAAUUGCGGGAAACUGAGUCAUGUAACAAGAACCCAAAAAGCCAAGCCUGACAGUACACCAGUGUGUAGUGGGCGUGUGGAACUUUAAGUGUAUAUAGCGGCAUGUUUCUUCCACCUGUUAGCCCUCACGUAUAUAUGCUCCACUGCAGCUGAGGUCAGGUGGGUCAGUUUGGCUUCACUUUGGCUCUGUAGCUCAUCUCUGUUGCUAAAGUCUUUCUUGAAGGGCACUAGGACACGAAAUAUCACUUCAGGAUAUCCAGCACACGGACACUGGACAAUACAGCACAACAGUCCUUUGGACUAUAACAUCAUCUCCAGACAAACCCAAGAACUUGAACAUCUCAGUGGAAAUGAAAUAAAAAAUACAAUCUACAACAAUGUGCAACUGGUUGAAAAAAAGAUGCUCUACAUUCCAACUUUCAUAAGUCCUCAAAUAUGUUCAAACACAGGGUAUAGUCUCAUCACGUACAGUAUGAUUGUGUAUUCACUUUUAGUGUUCUGCUGGAUCUGUUGCAGAGGUACUGAAGAGGAACAUGAGCAGACACAGAAUGAGGCAUGACAACCGAAAAACCAAAAAUCUGUGAAUGAGAUCUGUUAGAGAACUAUGAGCAAUAGCCGAGAUUGGAUUUAAAGAUGAGCAGAUAGAGAAGAAAAAGAAGAGUUGAAGAAUAAAUGUCUAGAGGAAAAAAGGGAGGAAAACCUGUAUGUGUGAGACUGAAGGAGAGAAUGGAGUUAUACCUUAAAAAAACGAGAUGGAGGAAGUCUGAAGGAAGGAAAAAUUGAAAAUAUGCGUGAACAAACAGACAGAUUGUGUGAAAAUAUUAAGAAUAAACACACAUUCCGUUUA